AUGGCAGGCUUGUUCCGAAGGAUGUAUGAUUGGUUGCUCAGGACGUUUUGGGCAACGGAAAUGGAUGUGACCAUGAUCGGACUGCAAGCAGCAGGCAAGACGUCUCUGCUGCGUGUCCUUGCUGGCGGCGAAUUCACGAUCGACUCGAUCCCGACGGUCGGAUUCAAUAUGAAGCGUGUGCAACGGGGACACGUCACGCUCAAAUGCUGGGAUAUUGGUGGACAACCCCGUUUUCGGACCAUGUGGGAGAGGUACUGCCGAGGAGUGAACGCCAUCGUUUUCAUCGUCGACAUUGCCGAUGUAGAUCUGCUUCAGCAGGCCCGGGACGAACUCCAUGCGCUCAUGGAGCAGAACUCCUUGAAAGGCAUCCCCCUCCUCGUACUGGGCAACAAAUCUGAUCUGCCGAAUAAGCUGUCCGUUGAUGAGCUCAUCGAUGCUUUGGACCUCAAGACGAUCGGUCACCGCGAAGUCUGCUGUUACGGCAUCAGCGCCAAGGAGGAGACAAACUUGGAUGCUGUCAUUCAAUGGCUCAUGAAGUGGGCCAACAGGUGA